GGGUCAGAGAAAUCAUACUUUUUAAAAUUUCAAACUGCCUGAACAACUUCAACAGGACUUGCACAUACAGAAGAUGAGAAGACAAAGAGAAGCAACCUUGGGCAAGAGAGUGGCCAUCAUUGGAGCUGGGGUCAGUGGCUUGGCCUCCAUCAGGAGCUGUUUGGAAGAGGGGCUGGAGCCCACCUGCUUUGAGAAGAGUGAUGACAUCGGGGGCCUGUGGAAAUUCUUGGACCAUGCAGAGGAAGGCAGAGCUAGCAUUUACCAGUCGGUCUUUACCAACUCCUCCAAAGAAAUGAUGUGUUUUCCAGACUUCCCAUAUCCUGACGACUUCCCUAACUUUAUGCAUAACCGAAAGCUCCAGGAAUACAUUGUUUUAUUUGCCAGGAAAAAGAACCUUCUGAGAUACAUAAAAUUUAAGACACUUGUAUGCAGCGUAAGGAAACAUUCUAAUUUCUCAACCACCGGCCAAUGGGUUAUUACUAGUGAAGAGGACGGGAAACAGGAAUCUGCUAUUUUUGAUGCUGUAAUGGUUUGUUCUGGACAUCAUGUGUACCCCAAUCUACCAAAAGAGUCCUUUCCAGGUCUAAAACUUUUUAAAGGCAAAUAUUUCCACAGCCGAGACUAUAAGGAACCAGGAACAUUCAAGGGGAAGCGCGUCCUAGUGAUUGGUUUGGGGAAUUCAGGCUGUGAUAUUGCCACAGAAAUCAGCCGCACAGCAGAAAAGGUCAUCAUCAGCUCCAGAAGUGGCUCCUGGGUGAUGAGCAGGGUCUGGGACGAUGGAUACCCAUGGGACAUGCUGUUUAUCACCCGAUUUGAAACCUUCCUCAAGAACACUUUACCGACAGCCAUCUCUGACUGGUGGUACAUGAAGCAGAUGAAUUCAAGAUUCAAGCAUGAGAACUAUGGCUUGAUGCCUUUAAAUGGAACCCUGAGGAAAGAGCCUGUGUUUAACGAUGAGCUCCCAGCUUGCAUUCUGUGCGGCACUGUGUCCAUUAAGCCUAAUGUGAAGGAAUUCACAGAAACCUCGGCCAUUUUUGAGGAUGGAACCAUGUUUAAGGCCAUCGAUUGUGUCAUUUUUGCAACAGGAUAUAGCUAUGCCUACCCUUUCCUUGAUGAAUCCAUCAUCAAAAGCAGGAAAAACGAGGUCACCUUAUUUAAAGGUAUCUUCCCUCCUCUACUAGAGAAGUCAACUAUGGCAGUAAUUGGUCUUGUCCAGUCCCUUGGGGCGGCCAUCCCUACAACUGACCUGCAGGCUCGCUGGGCAGUGCAAGUAAUAAAAGGAACGUGCACUUUGCCUUCUGUAGAAGACAUGAUGAGGGAUAUCGAUGAAAAAAUGGGAAAGAAACUGAAAUGGUUUGGCAAAAGCGAGACCAUUCAGACGGAUUACAUUACUUAUAUGGAUGAGCUUGCCAACUUCAUUGGGGCAAAACCCAACAUCCUAUGGCUUUUUCUCACAGAUCCCAAAUUAGCCUUGGAAGUUUUCUUUGGCCCUUGCUGCCCAUACCAGUUUAGGCUGGUGGGUCCAGGGAAGUGGCCAGGAGCCAGAGAUGCCAUCCUGACCCAGUGGGACCGGACCCUAAAACCCAUGACGACAAGAGUUGUUGGAGGUCCUCGGAAGCCUUCCUUAUUCUUCCAUUGCCUCAAACUCCUUGCAAUUCCUGUUCUGUUCAUUGCUAUUUUGCUUGUGUUGAUUUAAUCAUCAUUCUCUCUAGGAUUUUCAAAAUUUCUGCCAAUUCCCAAAUUGCUAUUUAAUCAAGACUUUAAUGCCUCCUACUUUCAUAGUCAGCUUUCUUUGUGAGCAAGCACUGUGUAGACAUUAGUCAGUAAAGCACUGUUAUUUCUAGGCUAUUAAAUAAAUUCCUGUAAGUGCCGUG